AUGCCUUCAGAUACUGCCCGAGAGAAGGCUACGAUCGACAGUGCCUCCUGUAACGCCGAGCAGGCAAGAUACAGGAGCGAAUGUCGAAACAGCUGCUCUCAAAAUGAAGACAACGAUGAGGCUAGCUUGUACAGCGGAAUCGUAUCUAACGGCAGUCUUUUUGGCGCAUCUAGCGGGGCGCAUAUCUUGCAUGAAGUUGGAAAUGCGACACGCCCAAAAAGAGGGACUGAGAAUAACCGGAAAGAAAGAAGUCGACUUUCGCCCAAACCGCUCGAAAAGUUGCCAAAGUUGCAAAAAAAGGAAGCUAGCAGAGAACCCUCUGACACGCAGUUUGCUCUUCCUACAAGGAAGGUGGCUGACAACUUAAUGAGUCUAUAUUGGGAUUAUGUGGAUAAUAUCUACCCCUGGCUUGACAAAUCGUCUAUCCAGAACGCAUAUGAGACUCUGUGGGUCAAAGAGGGAGAAAUCUCUAUGAACGAGAGGGCUUUGCACUGCAUUCUCAAUAUCAUGUUUGCCAUGUCUUGUGUAGUUUCCCAGGCCGAAACACCUCUCUCUCGAUAUCAAUCAUCGGUUGCUUUUUUUCAGAGAGCCCAAGGAUUAAUGUCCUAUGAACUGAUGGAACUUUACAAUUUUGAAAUCAUUCAAAUCCUUUUGCUUACAGCGGUGUAUUUCCAACACGACAAAAAGCCCCAGAAAUCAUUCCGAAGCAUUGGCACGGCGAUUCAUAUCGCACAAGAUCUAGGCUUGCAUUUACCUGCCACAGUUGAAUCAAUCAAAAACCCACAUGAACGGGACCUUGCCCGUCAGGUUUGGAAUGGAUGCAUUAUCAUGGACAGGAUUGCUUCCAUGACUUUUGGCUGCGCGCUCAAAGUUCCCCAAGCUGUUGCAAAACAAGGAUUGGAUACUUUGGUGCUACAAUCAAUGGACACUGGGAAUUCAACUCUGCCUUCGAAUAUGAACUUUUACAUAUCAUUCUGUCGACUACAUCACAUCAUAGGCGACGUCUUAGAAACCUUCUAUAACUCCAGUGAUUCCAAAGCCGACCCUGAUCUAAGCAGAAAUCUCACCGGUGUGAACUUGAGCUCACCAUUAUCCUUCGAUAAAUUCACAAGCCUGUUUAGAAUCGAGUCGGAGCUAUGCAAUUGGACCGAAAACCUUCACUCUUAUUUUCGAAUGCCAUUGGACCUUGAAGACCCGACGCCGACAAAGCAUAUGAAACGUCAAGCGAACAUUUUACGCGCCCGAUAUCUUUCUGUUCGGCUCCUCCUUUUUAGGCCGUUCCUUUCACAGAUGCGCCAUCGAAAGGCAGACAAUGCUUCUGGUGCCAAUUUGUACUCGGAUGAUCAAACCAUUGGAUAUGUGGUCUUUCGGUGCCAAAUUCAGUGUGUCAAAGCUGCUGAGGAUAUGAUAGAUUUCAUCAUCAGAAAUUUACCAGAGCAGACGCAAGCGUAUAUAUUACCCUCGAACUGGUACACCGUCUCAUAUAUAUACAUGGCGACAACUAUUCUGCUUGCAGCUCAAAUGUCCCCACAGAUAGUGGAACAUUUUUCUUUCGUUCGUUUGAAGGGCCUUUUGCAACAGGCUUGUAAGAUCCUCAAAGAUUAUGAAAAGUAUGAUACAUUGGCUUCGCGGUGCAGUUCCGUCCUCAAAUUGAUCCAAGAACAUAUCGAUAUGCGCGGCUCUGGAGCAGACUAUGCCACCGGAGAAGGUUCGCAAGACGAAGUCGACUAUGACAGCACAAUGAUUCAAGGCGCAACCAUGGAAGGACAAGAGCCUCAAAAUAAUAUAGGAAACUUGGCCUGGCUUGAGAAUUAUCCGUUUGAUUGGAACGAUUGGCCUUUGUUUUUUGCACAGUUGGACGACGAAACCAGUCCAUCUGAAAGAUGGGGAAUGCAAGCAUAG